GGGACACAGGACAUGGUCCUUUCGCGAAAGGGAUAUAAGAUCGCUCCUCGUCCAGGGGAGCUUGAGCUUGACCAAGCUUGAUCUAUCCUGGUAUCCAAAUACUCAGUCAAGAUGACUAUUGACGCCUACGACCUGGAAGUGCCUGGUACGGAACUCCUGGUUGAUGUCGGUCAUAAUGUGCAAGCGGUCCACGUCAAGGAGACGAGUGACAUUGUCCUGAUCCCCCAGCCGACCAAUGCUGGUGCCGACCCUCUACGCUGGCCCCGAUUCAAGAAGUACUACCAACUAUUCCUGCUGGCUUUGUAUGCCUGCGCCUUCUCAUAUGGCGAGAACACACUAGGUGCUGCAUGGACCACCGUCUCCGAAGAGACUGGGGUGACGCUGACCAACAUGAACGGCGGGAGCGCUCUCAACUAUCUCCUUCUGGGAUUCAUAAAUAUUUUCUGGAUCCCAACCGCAAUGAAGAUUGGACGUCGACCUGUCUUCCUUGCGUCUACUGUUCUCUGUAUGUGUGCCGGUAUCUGGCUCGCCAAGUUCAACGGAACAGCUCAGUGGAUGCUGGCAAUGGUCUUGAACGGGAUGGGCACAGCUGCAUACCAGGCUGUCAUCCAGCUGAGUGUGUUCGACAUGUUCUUCACCCAUCAACGCGGCAGGAUGUUGAGCUUCUACCUGUUCGGACAACAACUCGGCUCAAUUCUAGGGCUCAUCACUGGUGGAAGCAUCGCCGAUGGUCCCGGAUGGAGAUGGAGCCAGUAUAUCGUGUCAAUCAUAGACGCUGGUGUCCUUGUGCUUCUCUUCCUCACCUUCGAAGAGACGCUGUUCCCCAGGUUCCUGUUCAGCAGGCUCACCGGCAGACUUCCCGUAGGUGAAGCGCGGGUCUCCUUCGACGACUCCAAGGAUUCUUCAAACACUCUCGCCAGCAGCCAGUCGCCGGUUGGAAGCGACCAGACCGACGACCUGGCAACACACUUCCCUGGACGAACUUACCUCCAGAAGUUGAGACUCUGCGUCUACUACCCGCAAGACCGGACCACUUUCUGGCAGUACUUCCGCCGGCCCUUCCUCCUCUUCAGCAUUCCGAACAUCGUUAUCGCAGGCGUGAUCUUUGCAUUCGGCUGCACAGCGGGUAUCGUCAGCUUCAACACCAUCUCGGAGAUCCUCACCGAACCACCCUACAACUGGUCCACCACCUCAACCGGCUUGGUGUUUCUUGCCGCUCUUGUGGGAAACUUCGUCGGCUGGGCCACGGGGGUCCUCAGCGACCACGUCAUGAUCUUCCUUGCUCGACGCAACAACGGAGUCAAGGAACCCGAGAUGAGACUGUGGACAUUGUGCUUCUCGUUCGUCUAUGCGGCAGUCGGAUACCAACUGUAUGGCUGGGGAGCAAAUUUUGGCAUGCACUGGAUGACUAUCGCUUUCGGUGUGGGCUGCAUGAUCGCCCAUCAAGUCUCUGCUUGCUCAAUUGCAACCGCGUAUGCUAUGGAAUGUUUCCCAGGAAUUGCAGGAGAGUUGGUCGUUGUCCUGGCGAUAUGCUCGUCAUGCAUCAAUUUUGCCAUCUCAUACUCUGUCCAGCCUUUUAUCAACGCCGCGGGAUACGGGUAUACGUUCUUGUUCUUCGGUCUCUGUGUGCUAUGCUCCAUGCUUGCAGCCAUCCCAACGUACAUUUAUGGCAAGAGCUGGAGACGUAGGGCAGCACCGAAAUGGAGGCGAUGGCUGGCUGAGAGGGAAGACUAAACAGCAUUGCCGUCACUCCGAAAAAUCUUUGCACUUAUGAGACAACUGAAUAUUUCAUGCGGACCCAUAAUCGGCUUGCUUUCAUGUCCAG